GCGAGUGUUCAGUAUCCUACCGUCGCGUCAGCUGAACAGCUGUGUGUUUGGAAACGUUACCGAUUGUGCGAAGUUUAGAAUCGUUAGCCGGACACCAACUAUUUAUUUUCUAGUUUUUGAAUGAAAUGUAGCUAUAAUGAAUGCAAAAUUCGAUAACUAUAUAGUAACAAAUUGGCCAGAUGUGUAUUUGACAAGAAACAACUGUCUUGAGUGUAAUUUUAGAACCAAACUAAAAAUAGCAGAGUCCACGUACAUCUCAAGCAGGCUAUUGUGCAAUAUAUUUUUGAGUAUUUACCUAAUGGUUGAAAACUAUAAUGGUGCUACAGAUCAUGUUAUGUUUAAUUCAUAACAUCAUAAAUAUUGUGUUGUCCUUCGUUUUCGAUUAUAAACAUUCAUGUCAACAUAUGAUAGGGUGACCGACUUUUGGUCAGUUUUUGUUUUGCUUCAGAGUUGUAUAGAGAUGCGCGGAGUCUAUGAAAUCAAAAGUUACAGUCGAACUGAAAACGGUUCCAAUCGAGCAGCGUAUCAAUUCGGGAAGAAACACAUAGCGACCAGUAACGCUGGCUGUGCGCAACACACAGAUGCAAAGGCCAACCGAUACCCAGAUCUAGCUUGAUAUUGUACCGUCAGCCACUGUUAUCACGCAUGUGCAAUAUCAUGGAUGUCCGUCGCAUCGAGACGGCGGCGACGCGCGCGAAUUAGUUGCGCGUUAGCGCAUUUCGGAUAUUGUUCAGGGCAAGCUCCAUUCAGUAUAAUGUUGAACUCGAAACCAACCGGGAGCUUCCCUUCCAGCUAAUCAGCCGGUUAGUGUGAAUGUUUACGCUAUCAGUAAUUUAUGCAUGCGGUGCGUCUGUAAUAUGAAGAAAGUGUUCUUUUGAACUUGAUAUUGGCAAAUGUUGCAAACCCUGUCUAGUGUCUAUCGAUGAUUCUUAUUUGGAAGUAGGAAUAAACAAUCAAAUUCAGCGGUAGGCAAGUGAAGUGUGAGGGGGAAAAACCGAGCCAAGUGUAACAAGUAGACGUAAUCAGGCCAAUCAAAUGUGAUAAUGGCAUUUUGCAGCGGGUCGUCUGGAGUGUCGCUGCAUUCGUGAGGUGGUCAUUGUUUGUCUAAAGGGUUAUUUACACCAAAUGUACAAUGUUCGAUCAAAGUGGAUUAACGAUAGUGAUAUGAUUUUUGUAUUAGUUGCUAGAUAUGCCACUCAAAGUGAUAGUGGAUGUGGUAUAUUUUCAAUUGAGCACACAAUAGUUGCAGAAUCAUUUGGAACCACAAACGACUGUUGUUUUAGUAGAGAGUGCCUACGUGACUGUGAAGAUUACUUUAUUUGCCUUGGUGAAGAUACCCGUUGUCAGGUGAGCAGAUAAGUAGAAAGGAUGGCCGAACCAGCGCAGUUGCGACCGCCUGACGGAGGCUGGGGAUGGAUGGUGGUGUUUGCCUAUGGAAUGGCGAAUAUCCUGAUCAUUCCAGUUCUCCAGAGUUUCGGCUUAAUCUUUAAAGACACCUUCAAGGAAAUUCACAUUUCGGCUACGGACGCAUCACUCAUCAUAAAUCUGGCGUCGGCGGUCGGAAUGACUUUCGGUCUGUUCAACGGACCUCUGCUACGUAACUUCGGUUUCCGCAAGGUGGCCGCACUGGGCGGCUCGAUGUUCUCACUGGGUCUCAUGCUCACAUCCGGGGCACAGACGUUCGCACAUUUCAUCAUCACCUAUAGUAUUAUAGCUUCUCUCGGAAUGGGAUUCUGCAAUUCUUCGUUUUCUUUGGCUUUGAACACCUACUUUGUUGUGCGAAGGAACAAGGCUGCAGGAAUUGCGAUGACCAUCACCGGUUUGGGACCGAUUCUGCUUCCUCAGUUGGUUUCCCUUCUAGUGGCUCUGUACGAUCCGAGAACAUGCCUUCUCAUCAUUGGAGCACUGGCAACACACAUCAUCGCAGCUGCUCUACUCCUGCAACCAGUGCAACGUCACAUGCUACCAAUCGAGUCGAAAGUGGAUUCCACGAAUGAAAAGGGACCCAACGACGACAAGUACUCAGCUGUUGAAGGGGUAACUCCACUGCAGAACCAUACCGAUGGGAUCUGGGAAUCCGAAUCGGAUGACGAAGAUGGGUACCUCGAAAAGCAAAACUUUAUUACCGAUCACGAUACGGAUGCCCAAAGUAUCUACGGUUUCGAGCUAACUUCGCAGAUACGGCGACGAGAUUCAAUGGUAGCAGCAGCCUUUUUGUCGAGAACCAAAAGCGAAGUGUUUAUUCCAACACAGAGGCAAACUUCGCUGGUUGAUACAUCGAUGUUCCACACCGGAUCGCAGAAUUUGGAAACGAGUCAGAAUAGGAAACGCUGGUUUCAGUCAGAUUCUGUUGAAACCGUUAAUUUGGGUAGUUCAAUGAAAAUCUUCGAGCACAGUGAACGAAGAAGCUCGUUGGACAAUAAUCUACCAAAACGGAAGCUAUCGGGUAUUUUCGGGGUUAGAAACUCCAAGCAAUGGCUGGGGAAAUCCGACGACUCCGUUAAUUUGAGUAGUUCACUGCGAAUCUUCGACGAACGAUAUCCUGGUACUCGACGAGGGUCCAAUCCAAGUGUCCAGCUACCAACAAUUUCACACUCAAAGCUACCAGUUUUAAGUGAAAACCAAGGUCUCACCGAAGACAAUCGGCUUCCAUCCAUCAUGCGCCAAUUGGAUCGACCGAUCCCCCCGAGAUCGGCCACUCCGAAGACCACCAAGUUUGAUUUUAGCAAUAACGAUAGCGAUACGAAGCCGAAGCUAACAUUUUUGCAAAAAUUGGUCGCCAUCUUUGAUCUCACACUAUUGAAGGACAAGAUUUACGUUAAUAUGAUGCUAGGAAUGGCAAUUUCUGUAUUUGCCGAAAUUAAUUUCUCACUAAUGACUCCAUUCAUCCUAAACGAUCUCGGCUAUCACACGGAACAGAUUGCAUCGAUAAUGUCCACGCUGGCUGUGGCAGAUUUGAUGUUCCGAUUCAUUUCCCCUUUCGUGGGUGAUCUGCUGAAGCUAACCCCGCGGGUCAUGUACAUGAUUUCCCUUGCGAUGCUGAUUGUUUUCAGAUUCGGCAUUUUGGCAGCCCGAAGCUUCCCGGAAAUGAUUGUAGUGGCUUUCUUCCUCGGAGUUUCGAAGGGGGUCCGUACAGUCUACAUGAGCCUGGUGAUCCCCAGCUACAUACCGAUCAAGCGUCUUCCGUCGGCUUCCAGCAUACAGAUGAUGAUGAACGGUAUCAUUCUGAUGACGAUCGGACCCUUGGUUGGGUUGAUGCGAGAUCUGUCUGGCAACUACUCGAAAAGUAUUACAUUCAUCAAUGCAUUUACCAUUGUAACGCUUGUCAUGUGGGCUACCGAGAUGGUGUACGUGAAACGAAAAACUCGCCAGAAGCGGCUGGAAGCGAAUAACGCACCAAUUUCAUGAUGAAACUUGGAAGAUUUUUAGUGCGUUAAUAAUGUACGGUUUGUGAUAUAGUUAUGUUGUCGAUUAGUGGAUAAAAUAUACUGAAACACCUGUUAUAUUUAUUAGGAA